AUGCCUGGUGUUCCAUCUAGUAAGGGAUGCGACGCCUGCCGCAAGAUCAAGAAAAAGUGCGACGAGCUUCAACCUUGCUCUCGAUGUCGUCGGCUGCAGAUAAACUGUAUCGGCAGUGGCAAGCAGCGAUUUAAGUUCAAGCAUGCCGAUUCCAAAUCAGCGACUGGCCACACAGCCCUCGGGAAACGUCGGGCCGUUGUACCUUCAGCCAGAUCCGCAGCCAGUUUCAGAAUCGCGAUGCAGGUUCCCGAGAACGAGUUGGCUUCCUCUCUCAUUGGAACGCUUAAUAUAACCGAUAUUCGAUACGCCUUGGAGUAUUACGGCUACUUCUUGAAAGAUAUACCGAGGCGUCUGGGGAGCAGUUCAGCCCUUGACGCCGCCGUCAAAGCACUGGUCACUGCGUACCCAUAUUUCCACGAUAGAGACUUCCCUCCAGAAGCGCUAAUGUACUAUGGACGAUCCCUGCGUUCCCUGCGAGAUACCCUGGAUGAUCCAACUGAAGCGCGAUCGGUCAAUACGCUCUGUGCGGUUUACCUCAUCACUAUCUGCCAGAGCUGGCUUGGAAAAUAUGAUGAUCAACUGGCUAGCCAUGGGGAAGCCAUCGCUCAUCUAUUGAAAAUGUCAGAUUUCACUCAAAUAAAAAGCAAUUUUGAGCGAGACAUCAUAAUUACUUUGACGGUACCAGUGAUAAUCGAGGCUAUUGUCAAUCCACGAAUUAAGAUGGAACCGAAAUUCUUUCAACUGGUUUCCAACCUUAAUGACAGUGCGCCGGUAUCACCUGCACGCAACGAGAUACCCAGGUCUUCUACGAAACUUCCCACGAUAGCUAAAUUCCCAGAGUGGAUCCGAAAUCUCACCCCGGGCGACCUUCCUGAUAUUGCGGCGGCAUAUCUGCGGAUUCGAAACGACUCCCAGAGAAUGCGUGAAUACCUAGAUAACUGGCCCGCUACUGGCUUUACAGUUACGUCUUCAUUUUUAGUGAUGCAGCGCUCGCGGUAUCAAGCAGGAUAUGCUACCUUGAUUACCUUGGGUCUGAUGCUAAAUACGCUCCUCCGUGUAUUCCAUCCUGGCAAUCCCGUGUUGUCUGCUGAAGCAGCUUUCUUCUGCGAUGAGAUUGUGCUAGAGGCUGAGCUUGCCUCUUGUUAUCGACCACUUGGUGCUGCUUAUAUCGCAUUGUGUCUCGUCGUUGCUUGGGCUGCGGCAGAGGACAUACAUCAGUUGGAUCGCAUUGACUCCAUUCUAGCCGACUACCAAUCUGACUUCAAGGAAAUUAGCUGGAAAGAUCGUGCUAUCUGGCUGAGAAAACAGUUUGGCAGGUAUCUAAACAUGGCGGGAACUGAAACGACUGAUCUCGGCCCUCUAGACGGCUCUCGAAAGCUUGCAGCCAAUAUUUCUGACAGUAGCUCAAGCCCAGAGACAUGUUGCGUUAUGUAA